AUGGAGGGUCUGGUCUUUGUGUGCUUUGUGCUCAGGGGUGGGCCCGCUUUCGGCUCUGGACUCCUCUGGCUCCUCCUGUCCAAGGUGUUCUCCAUCGCCGUGUUUGGGCCCAUUGUCAACGAGGGCUACGUGAACGCCGACAGCGGCCCGGAGCUCCGCUGUGUCUUCAACGGGAACGCGGGGCUCUGGUCCUUCCUGUGGUUCGUGGGCUUCUGCUUCCUCACCAACCAGUGGCAGCGCACGGCCCCCGGGCCCGGCACCGCGCAGGCGGGGGACGCCGCGCGCGCCGCCAUCGCCUUCAGCUUCUUCUCCAUCCUCAGCUGGGUGGCGCUGACCGUGAAGGCCCUGCAGCGGUUCCGCCUGGGCACCGACAUGUCGCUCUUCGCCACCGAUCAGCUGGGCGCCGGGGCGGCCCAGGCCUACCCUGGCUACCCGGUGGGCAGCGGUGUGGAGGGCACCGAGACCUACCAGAGCCCACCCUUCACCGAGACCCUGGAUACCAGCCCCAAAGGGUACCAGGUGCCUGCCUACUAGUGGUUGGCAGGCUGGGGCCAGGGCUGAACGGCCACCCCACCAUCGCGGGCCUCAAGGCCUCUGUCCGGUCCUCCCUGCCAGCGUCAGGGACAGAGAAAGUGGCCAUUGUGGGCUUCUGGGGCCUAAGACAGGGCAGCCUCCCCGAGGUGCCCGGGCCCUUCAAGUUCAGUCUGCCCCAGGCCUGAGGCCCUGAGCAGGACAGCUUGGCCUCCAGUGGACUGGCCCGGGAGAGGUCAGCCAUCCUGGGACUCGCUUGUCCACUCACGAGCAGAAGUCCGGCCGCACCCCUGUGGCUGGGCGCAGGGGCUGCCUGGGACUAGAAUGGGGACACUAACCCCACCCAGCAAUCGUUCCCUAUCAUGUGUCUGUGGGCUGUGGCUGUCCUUGAUCCUGUCAUGUGGUUCCUCCAUUUCUUCUUAAAGGUUUUCGAGAGCAGCUGGGCCUGUCAGUGUUGUGAUUGUGGUCAAAUCUCCAGGUCUCAUCUCCUAGUGCUCUGCAAGCUGCCUCUUUCUCCCUCCCUCUCUCCCUCCCUCUCUUUCUCUCUCUCUUUCUCGCUAGUGCCCAGGUGUGGGUAGUUCUGACCAGGAAGGCACAGACAGGCCUGAGCACCAGCCCUUCAGUAAGACCUUGCCCAGGGGAGGAGGGGGAACACGUGAGUACCGGAAGCCAAGCCCCAGAGGCCUCUCACAGGAGAGGCCUAGGCCCAUUCCAUCUAUCCAUGGUGCCCCUGGAGACCACCAUUCCUACAAACUGCUUUAUCUUGGCUUUGUGGACUAGUCCUUCCCUCCCUCCCCAGUACUGUUUUAAGGCCCAGCCCCUGGUGGGGGUCCUUGUAAGUAGUUGAAUACUCAUGCAUUGCUUGAAGCUGGCUUUUCACAUUAAGUCGAAAGCAAACACAUUGCCAUAUUUCAUUCUUGCAGACAAGAUGCCUCCCUCUGGAGUUGCAGUGGACUGACAGCCCUGUACAUUGUAGCAUAGGUCAAUAUGUGGAUGUUUAAGUGGACAUGUUUACAAUUUUUGUAUGUGUAGAUCUCCCCUCCCUCUUCUGAAAAAAACAAAUCUGUGAUUGUUUCUCCAGUGUCCUGU